AAUAUUACACAGCUUGAGGAGGUUUUUAACAACGACACCACCACCAACAAGAGAGAGGAGAGAGAGAGAGUGCAAAAGCAGUUUGCAGUCUCUCUUUUUGGAUCUCUCAAAUAUUAUAUCGUAGUAAACUAGUGCAUGAUUUAGAACAAAUUAAUUAUCUAAAUUAAAUAAGAAAGAAAAGAAAACUACCCUUUAAUUACUUGUGUUCGAUCUUGAUCCACCAUUGUAUCAUAAAAUUCAUACUUUCAUCUUAUAUAGUCUAUCAGCUCCUUUCCCCUGAAGACAGAAGAUCCUUUCGAUCGUGUUUUCGGGGUGAAAAGGGUGAAAAUGAACCGAAUUCGAGCUUUUUCAUCUCCUGCAGUGUUGCCAUUGCCAGCUUCUUCCACAACUCCGAAAGAGCGCCCAGAAGAUCAUAGUUUUGAUGGCAUUGCCACCAAUGUCAAGUUAUUAUUGAAGCUAAUCCAUGAUCACAACGAGGCCUGCACAAAAGAGAAUGAUGACAGGAAGACGCAAAGGGUGGCUGGAAUGAUUACCAUAAUCGACGAUGUUAAAACCAGGAUUCAAAAAUCUCAAUCUAUUGGCAGGAGGGCAGAGCUGAGGCGUUGCAACACAGAUCUUAGGCCAAAUGUUCCGAGGGACAAAAGGCCUACGGAGCCAAUAAUCGAUGAGAAAGAGAGGUUGAGAAAGCAGCUUAGCGCGAGCUUGGCAGCGCGAAAGAGCCUAGAAAUUAUGUGUUCCAGUUUGGGAAAGGAGAAGGAGAUUAUUGCAUCAGAGCUUGCAAGAAAGGUUCAAGAAUUUAGUGGAAUGGAGGAACACAUCAAUGAUCUUAGAGCGCAAAAUGAGAAGUUGUUGGCAAAAGUACAAGCUUGUGCAGCAGAGCACAAAGAGAAGAGGUGUGGUGGGGUAGAGAUUCAAGGGAAUGUGGCGCUCCAGGAGCGAAACAAGGCGCUUUCGGAGCAACUCCUUAAGUCCCUUGACGGGUGCAGAUCCUUAAAGAGAAAGAUUAAAGAUGCACAGAAGGAAAACAAUGGGAUGCACUCGGCAAUGGAGGAGAUGGGGGUCGAAGUUCAAGAAGGCCUUGAUCGAAUACGAGCCCUCAAGGAAAAGAUUACCACAAGUGAUAAUGAGCAAGCAACAGAUGUUGAAGAGGAGAUAUCAGCAUUGGAGCGUCUGUUUGAGUGCUUCAGCACGAGGGUCUCCAAGCACGACCCGAAGAAAGGCGAAUUUGCAAAACACAACACUGAAAUUGAUGCUACAUAAAUAGCAUCCUGCCACUUGCAUGAGAACAAAGGGUGACUAGAAACCAGAAAUGCCUGGUCUCUCCACUUUUGCAAUUUUGUUGGUUCUGUUUCUUUUUAGUUGCCAGGACAAGACUCAACUAUUCCUUCUUGGAAUUACAUAAAUAAAAGAGGGGAAGGCAGUUGUAAUGUUUCAGAAGUAGAAGAGAGAUUAGUGAUGUUGCAUCAUGUUGUUGUUCAUGUUGCAAUUGACUAGUUCAGGUUUCUAGGUUGCAUCUACACUGUCCCAAUAGGAGUUGUCUAAUUCCAAGUUU